AACCACAACCAACCAACACCAAUCAGAGUGGUGCUCCUUGUGUGCCCUUUCUGAGGAUUGGUAGAAACUGCAUUUUUUAAUCUCGGCUUUCAUGUUUGUCCAAGAUCUUUAAAGGGAGGGGAAAAAAGAGAGAGAGAGGCAGGCACUGUAUAAAAGAAGCUUCCUUGAGGUUUCUAAAAUUUAUACAAAAACAUCAUAUGUAAGUAAACUCACCAGAUUUGGCAUCUGCUCUUUGGUGAUGGACCCAGAAGAAACUUCAGUUUAUUUGGAUUAUUACUAUGCUACGAGCCCAAACUCUGACAUCAGGGAGACCCACUCCCAUGUUCCUUACACCUCUGUCUUCCUUCCAGUCUUUUACACAGCUGUGUUCCUGACUGGAGUGCUGGGGAACCUUGUUCUCAUGGGAGCGUUGCAUUUCAAACCCGGCAGCCGAAGACUGAUCGACAUCUUUAUCAUCAAUCUGGCUGCCUCUGACUUCAUUUUUCUUGUCACAUUGCCUCUCUGGGUGGAUAAAGAAGCAUCUCUAGGACUGUGGAGGACGGGCUCCUUCCUGUGCAAAGGGAGCUCCUACAUGAUCUCCGUCAAUAUGCACUGCAGUGUCCUCCUGCUCACUUGCAUGAGUGUUGACCGCUACCUGGCCAUUGUGUGGCCAGUCGUAUCCAGGAAAUUCAGAAGGACAGACUGUGCAUAUGUAGUCUGUGCCAGCAUCUGGUUUAUCUCCUGCCUGCUGGGGUUGCCUACUCUUCUGUCCAGGGAGCUCACGCUGAUUGAUGAUAAGCCAUACUGUGCAGAGAAAAAGGCAACUCCAAUUAAACUCAUAUGGUCCCUGGUGGCCUUAAUUUUCACCUUUUUUGUCCCUUUGUUGAGCAUUGUGACCUGCUACUGUUGCAUUGCAAGGAAGCUGUGUGCCCAUUACCAGCAAUCAGGAAAGCACAACAAAAAGCUGAAGAAAUCUAUAAAGAUCAUCUUUAUUGUCGUGGCAGCCUUUCUUGUCUCCUGGCUGCCCUUCAAUACUUUCAAGUUCCUGGCCAUUGUCUCUGGGUUGCGGCAAGAACACUAUUUACCCUCAGCCAUUCUUCAGCUUGGUAUGGAGGUGAGUGGACCCUUGGCAUUUGCCAACAGCUGUGUCAACCCUUUCAUUUACUAUAUCUUCGACAGCUACAUCCGCCGGGCCAUUGUCCACUGCUUGUGCCCUUGCCUGAAAAACUAUGACUUUGGGAGUAGCACUGAGACAUCAGAUAGUCACCUCACUAAGGCGCUCUCCACCUUCAUUCAUGCAGAAGAUUUUGCCAGGAGGAGGAAGAGGUCUGUGUCACUCUAAAGGGAACUGUGACAUUUCAAGCUCUGUUGGUGGGUUUAGGAGUUAAUUUUUGUCAGCAACAAAGAAAGAAGUGUUAAUGAUAGGAUUCACAUUGCUUCAUAGAUGCAAGGAAGAGUUCAUUUUUAAAGAGAGGACUGAAAAAUCCCUGUGUUGUGGAUAUAAUUAGGCCAUGUGCUGUUUUCUCAGCUGAGCAGCCUUCUUCGACCCUUGCCAAUCAAGUCCACCAGACAAAAUCCAAUUCCCAUCUGUCCUUGAACUCUUGGAUAAAGGCUCCUGCUUGAACCAGUCCCUUUCUUCAUGAUUGUUAAUGCACAUUUGGGCCUUUCCUCUCUCAAAAACCAUGGUACCUUCAUCCUCACCACCCUUCAUACUGGGCUCUAAAUUGGACUACAUUUAAAUGAUUCUGCCUACUUUCAUCUGAUGAGAAAUGCAGUAACAAUGCAGUGUCCAUUAGUUUUCUCUAAAAUCAAUGGGAAAUUAGCAUCCUUUCACUUCCUGCCCUGUAACUCCGGCCAGAGAUUUUCUUCCACCUCUGCCACCCUUGAGAGAGCAAGACCUACUCUUCCUCUUACUACUCCCACUAAGCCUACCCAACAUGAAAACAAUGAGGAUGAAGACCUUUACGAUGAUUCACUUCCACCUAAUGAAUAGCAAAUAUAUCUUCUUUCUUAUGAUUUCCUUAAUAACAUUUUCAUUUCUUUAGCUUGUAAGAAGAGUAUAUAAUACAUAUAACAUAAAACAUGUGUGAAUUGACUAUGUUAUUGGUCAGGCUACCAGUCAACAGUAGGCUAUUAGUGAUUAAGUUUUGGGAGAGUCAAAAGUUAUACAAGGAUUUGAAACUGCAUGCAGUAAGGAGGAGUUGGGGCCCCUAGCCCUAAUGUUGUUCAAGGAUCAACUGUACUAAGAAAUAUAUGUGUUUUCCUAUAUUAUCCUGGCAACAAAAAAUAUAAAUAUUUCUUAGUCUUAUUUCAUAAUAAAAUUUAUUAGCAGAUCUCUUGUAAGACAGUUGAAGAAUUCAUACAUUUUCCAGCCCCAAAAAGGCCACACAGAAUCACAAACAUUCAACGUGUUCCACGAUAAUGAUAUGUAUGAGAUGCUCUUCCUUAUAAACUUUAUUACAAAGCAAAUAAAAUAAUACAUUCAUAAUAUAUGAACAAAGAAAUCAUACAUUAAGAAUCCUGUUGUGAUUUGCUCUUAAGAGCAAAGAGCUGCAGAAUCUCUAAUAUAAAAAAGAGGACAUUUUCAAUGUGUCCAUUUUCCUAAGAAACGUGUGUAUGAAAUGCCUCCAAGUUUCUCAUACUAUAUAUACUUGCUUUAAAGAAGGAAAUUAUUUCUCAUUUCAUUUUCCAAAUGAGAAACAUUGCCUAAAUUCAUGACAUCCCUAGGAUUAUUCUUAGUCUCAACUUCCACACAGAGAUGUCUGAAAUAGAAAACUCUUAAGUAUCAGAAUUCAGGGAUAUAAGCUUUCACAUUCAAAAGUGCAGAGAAUCCCAACAUUAACAAACAAUGGUUCCACAAAAAUCAAAAUUACAACUUAGACAUCUCUAAAAUAAUAGUAAUGUCACUUUAGAGUUUACAAACUACAGAAAUAACUGAAUUGUAACACAUGCAGAGAUUAAGAAUAUUUCAAGUGCUUCUAAAUACCUAUUAGAAAAAUGUGUAUCUAUUUGACAAUAUUAUGUUCUCUGGAGAAAGAUAUAUAAGGAUUACAGCAGAGACUUCAGUAUUGACAAAGUAAAAUUUUUACCUUCAAGUUGCAUUCUAAAAUUACUAUGAAG